AGGCCUUCUCUGCUGGCCUAAACAUGCUCAAGAAAAGUAAAUUUAUGUUAUUUUAUUUUCAUAAAUAUGUAAACAAAAUGAUUCUCUAUUCUCUGUAUUCUUUACGUCAUAUUAUUUCCACUUAGUCGAGUGGCUUCCAAUAGUGUUUUUUAUGGUAGAGUUUUUAACCAAUUAUAUUUCAGCUAGCUUGUGUUGUCAAGUAAAUUAAAUUUGCUUGAGACCUUCAGAAUAAACAGAGCAGGCCCCUGUGCACUGUAAGUGAACGGGCACAGUCAGGUUGCAAUAGCCAAUCAGAUCUCGAUUCUGCGUACCAAGGCUAGCUAGAAGGUCUUACGCUGAACUCGACCCGUGCGCGUUCGGUGAUUGGAUUAGCACUUGCUAGGGCCUGACAAGCGGCAAUCUGGAGAAUUGAAAUAAACACGGAAAUUCAAGAGCCAGCUGUAUUUUUAACCCAUAAUGGCCGAAGGAGAAGACAUUGAUCUGGUUGCAGAUCUACUUUCCACGCCAUUUUCAAGACGGCCCUUUCAGGAAAAGUUGGAUAUCGUAAGAAGAGGUCGCUUAACCCCUGCGCUAGCUAGCCUAUCCCAGCAAGGAAAAGGGUUUGUCCGACAUUUUCAGACAACCAAUUAUGAACGGUACCCGUGGCUUACAGCCUCUGAGAAACGCUGCAAAUUGUACUGCUGGGAAUGCCUAUUGCUUGCAACUGAUCGAUUUGGUGUUUGGAGCCACACUGGGUUUGCCAACUUAAGUUGUUUUACCAAGGCAGCAACGAAGCAUCAGAGCACGGCUGGGCACUUACAAGCUACGGUGCGUUUAAAAACGUUUGGGGACAUUCGAGUAGAUCUGCAGCUCAGCGAACAAGUACGCCGGGAGACGGAGCUCCACAACGAAAAAGUGAAAAAAAAUAGGGAGAUAUUAAAAAGACUGAUGGAUUGUGUCAUGUUUUUGGGUAAACAGGAACUUUCAUUCAGGGGAAACGAUGAAGGCGCCCAGUCCUUAAAUAGAGGUAACUACGUGGAACUUCUUUCUUUUCUCGCAGAACAUGACGCAGACUUGCAUUACCACCUGACAACUAACAGGGUGUUUACUGGGACAUCAGGAAAAAUACAGAAUGACCUAAUUUAUGCUAUUGCUGAAGUGAUGGGAGACGAGAUCAAACUGGAGAUCAAAAAAGCCCCCUUUGUCGCAGUGAUGGUUGAUGAAACCACUGACGUGGGUAACAUGGCACAGCUAUCACUCGUCCUGCGCUAUAUGACGGACACAGGUGUCAAGGAGCGUUUCAUAAAAUUUGAGGAUGUAACCAGUGGCAAACGAGCUGAUGACAUUGCCGUUCUUAUUUUCCAUUUAUUUGAGGAAUAUGAAUGUUCUCUGGACAAAGUUGUGGCACAGUGUUAUGACGGUGCAGUGGUAAUGGCAUCCGGGUUGAAUGGGGUGCAGGCUAAAGUUAAAGAAAAGGCACCUAUGGCCUUAUUCAUUCAUUGUUAUGCGCAUCGUCUAAAUUUAGUACUGAUGCAAGGGGCCUCAAAGCUUAAAGAGUGUAAGGUCUUUUUAGCCAAUGUGAAUGGCCUCGCUGCAUUCUUCUCCAGAUCCCCGAAGCGCACUAAACUACUAGACAACAUAUGCAAGCGGCGUUUUCCUCAAGUUGUGCCGACGCGGUGGCAAUAUACAUCAAGAUUGGUGAAUGCAGUUUAUGAGAAGAGACUUGCGUUGAAGGAACUGUUUGAUCACAUAUUGGAGCACCAUGAUGAGUAUGAUCAGGACACUGUGCUUUCUGCCGAUGGAUUUACUGCACGUCUGGGUGAUUUUGAGUUUUGUUUUUUGCUCAACAUAUUCAAUGGGAUUUUUGAGUAUGCUGAUGUGCUUUUUGGAAUACUUCAGACAAAAUCACUGGAUGUGCAAUUUUGCAUGGCAAGGGUGAACGAAUUUUGUGACACAGUUGAGCGAGCAAGGGACAAAUUCAGUGAAAUAUACGAAGAAACAGUGCGCAUCUCAGGUGGUCCAAGCGCGCGCAGAGGCCAGGGCGCGACACAAGACGACCUGCGCGCACACUACCAACGUCUCCACACCAGCAUUCUGGACAACAUUCUUUCCCAGACACGGACUCGAUUUCAGGACCACGAAAGGCUGAUGUUUCUCUCCCUUCUCGACCCUCAGCACUUUCAGAUAUACAGGAAAAAAUUUCCACAAACAGCCUUCUCCAGCUUAACACAGAGCCACGGAUCAUUAUUUGAUCUUCCCCGACUUAAAACAGAACUGACUGUAAUGUAUGCCAUGGUUGAUUUUGAAGGGAGAAGUCCAGCUGAUCUUCAUGAUUUUCUUCGGAGCAAAAAUCUGAGUGAGAGUUUGGGACAACUUUACGCACUGGCCUGUUUGGCUGUUACUAUCCCUGUAUCCACUGCAUCUGUCGAGCGGUCAUUUUCAACGUUAAAGCGUAUUAAAACUUAUGCCAGAAACACGACCGGACAGAAACGGCUUUCAGCAUUAGCCUCCAUGUCCAUAGAAAAGGACUUACUGAUGGACCUAAAACGCGCCGAUAAACUGUACAACAGAGCCACUGAAGUGUUCUUGAGAAAAGAAAGGAGGCUCGACUUUAUUUUCAAAUAAGCAGACGCUGUUGAGAACUAUGUUGGUGAGUAAAUGCAUUUUAUUUUCAAUUUCUUCUUGUCAUUGCAAUAUUUUCAGUUAUUUGCUGUUGUAUAGCCUAUUCUCAAAAAUGCAAACGAUCUCUUAACUUUAUUUUCAAAGAAUAGUUUGUUUUGUUAUUGUCUGGUUGGUGUCUUAUAUGAAACGGCGACAUUGCGCAAUUUAUUAGACAGACUUGUUUAAGAUCACACAGCGUAAUUUUGGUGGCAUUUUGUUUAGUAUUUUUAAAUCACCUUUUUAUUUUUGACAAUAUCUGUGAACUUAGUUUCCUAAUCUUAAUUGUGAAUGCAUACUUGAUGGUUUUAAAUGCUCCUGAAAUAAAGUGCUGCUUGACUAGCCUAUAUUGAGGUGAAGUUAAUGUAUGGGGCGUCACUGAAGGCCUAAGGUUGAAAUGCACG